CCCGCGCUGGGCGGCGCGCACGGCCGACGUCAUCUCCGCGACGGAGAGAGCGUGCGGGCUGCGCCGGACUAACCCAGGCCGCCAUGACCAAGCUGGGGCAGUGGCUGUGGGGCCUGGCCCUGCUGGGCUCUGCCUGGGCCGCGCUAGUUCUGAAGCCGCUGGGCCUGUGGGUCCCGCCGCCCUGCCACCAGAUCCUGCUACCCCUGCCCAUCUAUCUGCUCGUGGCCUUUGGCUGCUACUCCCUGGCCACCAUUGGCUACCGCCUGGCCACCUUCAAUGACUGCGAGGAGGCGGCUGCCGAACUGCAGGAGCACAUCGGGGCAGCGCGGGCCGACCUGCGCCGGCGAGGACUGCAGUUUUGAGUGUGCAAUAAAGGCUGGCAAUGGGGACCGCCCUGGA